UGACUGCGCAGGAGAAAAUGUCAUUUUGGGGACAGAAAUAACUUGUUUUCUUGCAUAGCGAAAGUUUAUCUGUUAGAAUAACCUUGUUUGCACUUACAGAGCAAGAUCAAACGUGUGAGAUACUGGGAAUUAUAUGGUUGUGUUUCGAGCUACUUCCAGCAACAUUUCACUCAGUGCAAAGACGGGAAAACUUCUUGAAAAGAGGACAAAGUUGACCAGGGCCCAAGGUUAGGCCUUCGACAAGUAAAAAUAUUAUUCAAUUAUAAUCAAGUGGAAUUUGCAACAAAGAAUCAAAAUGUUCGGAUCUGGUAACAAUAUGGAAAAGCACCUUUUCAAUUUGAAGUUUGCAGCCAAGAAUUUAGAAAGGUCUGCAAAAAAAUGUGAAAGAGAAGAAAAAGCAGAGAAAGCAAAACUUAAAAAGGCCAUUCAAAAAGGAAAUAUUGAGGGUGCAAGAAUACAUGGAGAAAAUGCUAUUAGGCAAAAAAACCAGGCACUCAAUUAUCUACGAAUGGGUUCCCGAGUAGAUGCUGUUGCACAACGAGUUCAGACUGCUUGCACCACUAAACAGGUAACAAAAUCCAUGGCAGGUGUUGUAAGUUCAAUGGACUCAGCUAUGAGGUCAAUGAAUCUGGAAAAGGUCUCAGCUUUGAUGGACAAAUUUGAAAAACAGUUUGAGGAUCUUGAUGUACAAACUGGCUACAUGGAAAAUGCCAUGGGGGAUACAACAACACUCACUGUGCCACAAGGUCAAGUCGACAGCCUGAUGCAACAAGUUGCAGAUGAACAUGGUUUGGAACUAAACAUGGAGCUACCUCAAGGAGAAAUGGGGUCAGUUGGUACAGCAAGUGCAGCUACUUCAGCAUCACAAGAACAGGAUGAACUUUCAGCUCGCUUGGCACGUCUAAGAUCAGAUGUUUAGGUUCCUGGAAUGGAACUGAAAAACAAAAUACCAAUCCUGUAACUAAUGUAAAGUACCUUUGACUUCUCUUUUUCACUUGGUUUAUUUUAUCCUAAAGAUUAUGUCAAAGUUAGUUGUUACAGAAUUGCGCAAUUAUUAUGAAUGGUCUUAUUCCCAGGCAUUUUGAAAAACAUACAAAACCCUUCAUUCAUAAAGAAAUUCCGUUUUAUAUAUUCCAGCCCUUUGUCUUCAAAUCCUCUGCAUUGGUAAUAAUGUAAUUGAUUGCUUAUUUAAAUUGAUUGUUCUUUUAAGGAAUCUGAGUUAAUUACUCAGUUUAGGUAUUAUUACUUACACUUCACUUGUCUAGUACUGCAUAAACUUGGCAUCUAAUUGCACAAAUAAACAAAAAAUCUCUAACAGAAUAUAACAAUAACAAUAUUGAUGUGUUCAUUGUAUUUUGACAACAAUAUAUAUCCCUGUUAUUGAUUUGAUUUGUGCCUUUGUAUCUCAUCAGAUUUGUUCUAUGCAAUGAAAACUAAUUUUUUUUAUAAUUAAUUUUACAAAGAGUAUUAAUUUGUUAAGGUUCUAGUAAUUAUUAACGCUUUGUGUAGCCAGUAUCAAUUAAAAAAAUGUGUUAAAUGAUACUGUAUUCUUUUCUGAAGGUGCCAAUUGUUUAAAUAUUUUGGUAUAACAUAUUUGAAUUGUUCUUUGUCUGUAAGAUUUCUUAUAAAUUUAAAUGCACUUUGUUAGAGUGAAAUAUGAACGGUAAAUAUCAGUUUCCCAUUUACACUUAUCUUGGUUUGGCCUAAAGGAAAAUACAUGGCCUGGUUCCUCAAAUUUUACUUGCAUUUUGUGGUUUUCUGGUAGGGGUGAAUUCAGAUUAUAUUCAGGACCAAUGCUAGCUAAGGUCCCAUUAAGUGAAAAAGUGGGUAAGCCAUCUAGUUUUAACCAAAAAAUCCAGAAAAUGUACUGAUGAAGCACCUGUACAUGGCACAAAACUACUUGUCUUUGCAACAAUAAUUUUUCAAGGGGGUGUCACAUCCUCAUGCCCCACCAUAGCAAGGGUCUGGUUACAGAAACUAGCGAGCUGCAGGCUAGAAAAUGUUACACUUCAUUUAAAAAACCACCUGAAUCAUCAAGAUUGCUAGAGUUGCAAUUUCAAAAUUGUUAAAAAAUCAAGCCACAAAGAGAAUCUAAGCUGCAACCCCCUCCCCCCAAAUUAGAUGUUAUGUUACUAGUGGUUUUUCAAUACUCUUGAAAAUUUGAAACUCAGAGAAGCUCACAAAUACUUGAUUAACAGGUUACAAAACAUUGUGUAACCUUGUUAUAAAUAAAACAAAACCAUACAGACUCCUUACAAAGUGAUGAAAUCAACUUUAAUUAUCAAAGUUGGAAAUACAUAUUUAAAACAAAGCUAAAGUGUAAUGUAUUUACAACAUAAAAAGAUUUACUUGUACAAAGUUGGCCACAUAAGAAUUACUUAAUGAAAACUCUGCUGUAAUGAAAGACCUGAUGGAAAUGAGAUAAGAGUGAAAGAAUUUUGGCACAUGAAAUUUGUUGAAGAGAUAUAAAUAUUUGUUUUAAAUAGGGACACCCUUUUUUACUUCUGCAGUGCCAGCAUUGACAGGGGUACCUCAUGUCCAACAGGAAAUAGUUGAUCACAGCACAAUUAAGUGGGUUAAAAAAUUGAGACAGCAUACAUUCUUAUAUGAUAUAAUUAAGCUUCAAAGUGUUUUUGAAUCAUUACCAUAUGAUCAACAGAACCAACUAGUGAAAUUAUGAAGAUUUUAAGUUGCUAUUUAUAAAAACAUAAGUAAACGCACAAUCUCUAUUUAGUAAUUAAGUCAAAGGAUUCCUUCAUGUUAGGUCUGACUUGCAGGUCUGAAUGGAAGGACUGUCUGGCCCCGCUCUGGGUCACGCAUUUUGAAGAUUCGCACAUUGUUACCAGCAGAAACGUUGCUAAUGAAAGAACAGCAAUAUUUAAAUGUUUUAUCAAAUUACAUUUGGGGGCAACCUCCCAGGCUCCAUGUUAAUGGUAGCCAAAAGCAGCUCCACACAUAUAAGAAAAAAUAAAAAUCGUGAAGAAACGGGGCCUAUAUAUGUUUUCUUAAUAAAACCGCUGCUGGGGCUAAGAAGCUAACACGAAACUGCCCUUCCAACAAUCACAUAUUACUUCACUAGUUCUUCACUUAAUGAUAUUCAUCUGUGAACUAAUUGCUACAGAUUUCUUUAAAGGAAAUAAAUAUAUGUAAAGCCGUAUAUUCUUUCUAUUCAAGAGAACUCCUAUCUCCCAAAGGAAAUAAAGAGAGUGAUAAGUCAAGGAUAUCAUGCCAAAAAGAAUCCCCUCAAAUCAUAAGGCAUUUCCAAGGGUAUCUCAGUUCAUAACUACAAUCUUACUUUUGUGUAACAGUAUCUAAAAAUAAAAAUGACUUCAUGCAACUUUGCGGGUCAUUGUGUACAUGUAACAUUUAACUCAUAUGAGGAGCUUUCUUAAAAGGAUCUUCUUUUGUAAUUUUACCCUAACAUAUUUAUCCAGUAGUUAAAACCAACAAGUAUCACACAAUUUGAAAGAAACCCACAAUGCUCUUUAUCAUCAUUUAGUCACUUAAUUGACCUUCCAAAGUAAUAGCAAAUAGAGAAGUUGAGAUCAUCAGUGCUAUCAAGUGUAAAUAUUAAGAAAAUUUUCCAGUUGAUCUGUUCUUAAUAUUUACAAUGUUUGUUUAAUUUUUCUGCCUGCUUUCAUUUUACCGUGUUCUUUUUCAAUUGUAUGUGUUCUCAAAUUGAAUCAAUGUACAUGCAAGGCCAAAGGGAUACUUUUAUUAUCUGGAUAGAGGAUCUGUUGUGCAGGGAGGCAAAGCGCCAAGUGAAACUGUAAGACAGUGUCCCAGUGUGCCCUCAUGUUCUGGCACCCCUGAAUUGGUGUGAUGUGAAAAUAAGAAUUUUGCAGGCUUCCAAUAAAUGUCAAAGGAAUUCAACAAUGUUUGACUUUGUUAUCCUUAUCAAACUAUAAUAUGCCUUCCAAAAGUAUUGGGACACUAAGCUCUGUUUUCAAGAGCAAAUUCAGCCAUAGAAGUCUCAGCUGGGAACAAGUUGGGUUUUUACAAAAGCAGGUGUCAUUCACAGAUAAAAAUUCCCUGUCCCACAAAUUUUUUUUAUAUUUGCUGCUGACCAGAACAACCAAGUUAAGACAGCAAGUGAAAAUUCUUCAAAUCCAUAAAACUUAAUAAAAAUUCUGUAUUUGAUGUAUCAUUCUGGAUAUAGCUCGCAUCCGGCAAGUGUGGAAAAUCUGUUGUUCUGUCGAGAAACUGCCAGAUUUCAGUAAUGAACGAUAAAUUUGUUUACCAUCUGUUGUUCCAUAAACCCUGAUAACCCCCCAAUAAAACAACAUAGGAGAUUCAGAAGUACAUUUUUGUAUGAUUUGAAAUAUAUUUGCCCAGACUAUCAACAUUGUUCUGGGGGAAGGGGCAAAAAUAGAGAUAUUUGGUGGGGGGAGGGGUGGGGGAAGCAAAAUAUAAAAAUAUAAUGGCGAUUGCUCUGUGUUUCAGGUAAUUUUUGCAGGCAUUGCAGGUAAGCUGUCCAGUGUUUUAUUUGCAAUGAGGACCCAAAAAGUCUUUGGGUCCAAAGACAAGCCCUAAAAUACGAUGAGCUUUAAUGCUGUUUCUUGAAUCGCUCCGUGGUAAUUGAUGUUUUAAUUGAUGUCAAAGCUUUUUAAAACUUUCUUGGCGAAUUUAGGUAGUUAAUGUUCAUUUGCAAAUGUUAAAGCCCAAUUGACAAAUGCUUGCAAUUGAAGCAAGCAAAUCAAGUUGACUUAGUUGUUACACCGCCACUCUCUGUUGAAGACUGUAGCUAUUUUUCAAAUAGUAACUUUCCAGUGACUCUGAUGUUAAACAUAGAGGCCUAGCAGUGAUAUAAAACAUAGGUGAUAUGAAGUUUGAACUAAUAAAAUCAUCAUCGCCAACUGUUUAGUUUCUUAUUUUAGAAAAGAGUAAACGAUAAUAAAACAUUAUGGCUGAUUAGAAAGUGUAUAGGUGUUUUUGAGGCAGAAAACAUGAAAACUCAAAGACCUUUUUAAUCCGCUUCUGUAAACAGUGUGGAAGCACAAAGAGGGUUUUUUGGAAAUGCUCCAAACAAUCUUGCAAAAUAGGAAGCAGUGUGAACAGUAAAAACCACAAAACGGACAUUUUUACUCCGUUUCUGUGAACAGUGUGAACGCACAAAACGGACAUGUUCCUCUCCAUAGACAGAUAAAAGUGAAAACCUAACAAUGUGAACGUGCUAAAGCUCUGUUUACACGAUACUCUUUUCAUUUGACAUCAAUUGGUUUCAUACUAGAUCGGCCCUCUUUUUUACACAAAAAUUAUCCAAUCUGAUAUGCUUCAUACAGUUUUCGCAUUUUAAAAUUAAAAUGCUCUAGAUGCAGAAUUUAACCAAUUGGAAACACCUCUUUGCUUGUGUAAGGGGUUGAAUCGCAUGAAGAUGUCAUAUGAAAACGCUGCUGUGCAGAGA